AGGGGACAGGAGGUGCUGGUCUAAACUCCACCUCUGCCCCACGUGUCCAAAUGCAGGAUGGAAGGGCCCUGUAAAUGCCCGUGGCCCAGACUCCCCAGAGUCCCAGAGAGAGAGACAGAGGGAGAUAGGGAGAGGGCCGCAAGCCUCCUGCCCGUGAGACAGCUGGGCCAGCCCAGGAAAGGCUCCGCAGCAUGUGGGAGCUCCGGUCCAUAGCCUUCUCCAGGGCCGUGUUUGCAGAGUUCCUGGCGACACUCCUCUUUGUCUUCUUUGGCCUGGGCUCAGCCCUCAACUGGCCGCAGGCCCUGCCCUCUGUGCUGCAGAUCGCCUUGGCCUUCGGCUUGGCUAUCGGCACCUUGGUGCAGGCUCUGGGUCACGUCAGCGGGGCCCACAUCAACCCCGCUGUGACUGUGGCCUGCCUGGUGGGCUGCCACGUCUCCUUUCUCCGAGCUGCCUUCUAUGUGGCUGCCCAGCUGCUGGGGGCCGUGGCAGGAGCUGCUUUGCUCCAUGAAAUCACACCGGUAGACAUCCGAGGGGACCUGGCUAUCAACGCACUUCACAACAACGCGACCGCCGGCCAGGCCGUGACCGUGGAGCUCUUCCUGACCCUGCAGCUGGUGCUCUGCAUCUUUGCCUCCACAGACGAGCGCCGUGGAGACAACCUGGGCAGCCCUGCCCUAUCCAUCGGCCUCUCUGUGGCCCUGGGCCACCUCCUGGGGAUCUACUACACGGGCUGCUCCAUGAACCCUGCGCGCUCCCUGGCUCCCGCUGUUGUCACCGGCAAAUUUGAUGAUCACUGGGUCUUCUGGAUCGGACCCCUGGUCGGCGCCAUCUUGGGCUCCCUGCUCUACAACUACGUGCUGUUCCCGUCCUCCAAGAGCCUGUCGGAGCGCCUGGCCGUGCUGAAGGGGCUGGAGCCCGACACCGACUGGGAGGAGCGCGAGGUGCGGCGGCGGCAGUCGGUGGAGCUGCACUCGCCGCAGAGCCUCCCCCGGGGCAGCAAGGCCUAGGCGCCCCCCAGCCCAGCCCCGACGGCCGGGCCUCGGGCCCAGGGGAGCUCCGGCCCCGGCUCCAGGGACACCCGUCACCCCCCUGCCGGCUCGACCAGAGGCAGCGGGGCCCACUCGCCCUUCCUCUCUCCGCGUGAGAAGUGGCCCGUGCAGAGUAGCUGCUUCCAGGAUGUGCAGGCCCCGCCAGGGUUGCGGUGAGCCUGGCAGACCCUUGUCCAGAGGCUGCAGGCUGGAGAGUAGCCGACCCUCUGGCUCCUCACAGGGAGCUGGGGACCUGGGGACCUGGGGGCAGAGCUGGGGGAGGAGGGUGGAUGGGCGGCAGAGGAAGAUUCUGGAGAGCCUGUCCCCAGAAGUGGGUGGAGGUGUGGGGGGGGGCGUAAUAUACAGACCCGCCUUGGGGGUCUGGGAACGGGUUUUACAAGUGUGCAAAUGUGUGUUCAUUCCCACAUGCCUCUCUGUCCCUAACUGCAGUGUUGUACAUGCUUCUGAGUGUGAACAGGUGUGCCUGUGGUGGUGCAAGUAUGCGCUGGCUAGUGACCUCUCACUUUCCCUUUGACCCCUUCCCCACUGCAAUAAAUCCACUUCCUCUGUGGUGGACGAGUCCUUGCCAGUGACCGUCCUCUGGAGUGUGUGUUUGCCCUGGAAGGGCAGGGUCUGGAGGCCACUUUGGGCAGGCUGACACGAGGACCUGCUCCCCCUACUCUGCCCCUCCCGGAAAAUUCCCCCAUGCUGUGGCACUGGGCGGGCAGACUUGUCAGCACCCAGGGCUGGAGGUAGAGAGCUAUCAACUACAGACCGGCUCCUCCAGAAGUGGCCUUUGGAAGACAGGAAAAAUUGGGUGGCCAAGGGCCUCCUUUCUGCCAUGAGAGAGGACCUCUCCGAAAGAGGAAGUGAGUUUGCAUUUGUGCACACACGAGUGCAGGCCCAACAUGUGUGCAGGGGACCCCCAUCUAGGAAGGUGGGGGGCUCCAGACCUAGAGAUUAGCCUUCCAGUGUGACAGAAAAAACAAAAGCUCUUUGUGGGCCGGUGGCUUUUGUCUUGGGAGAGGGGGAGAUUUGCAACUAGACACUUCUUGAAAGGAGACACUCGGUUUCGCAAGUGAGCCCUCUCACCCAGCACACACCUAUGGCUGGCUGGGCAAGGCACUUCGGCAUGCACUCAACCGCAACCGCAACCAUAGCACUAGGCAACACCCCCCACCCCCACCCCUGUCACCCAUCCCACCGCAGGCCCCUCUCCCCAGGUAGCAGCUCUUCCACCCCAGGAGUCUCCCCUCUCCCCCCUCCCUCCUCCUCAGCCCCCACCUCGGGACAGUUGCUGUGGCGAGAGCAGCCCAGCACUCUCACGACCAGAGAAGGGAAAUGACUUGUCCAGGCAGAGGCAGGUCUGUGCCUAGAGCCUGGGCUUCUAAAUUUCCAGGCCAGUGCAUUGGUUGUCAAAUGAGAUUAAUGGAUUAAGUGAGAUGGUGCAUGUAAAGAUGCUAUGUGAACUGUAAUUCCUCAUACCAUUAUCACUCAGUGUUGAAAUCAUUUCAUUAUUUCUGCUUCCUGGGGCUAGAAUGAAGAAGGGGUCUACCCUCUGCCUCUUUUACCUCCUUCAGGUGGUAGUCAGAGCAAAGGAGAACCCUGGGAAGCCCAAGGUGCAGACAGAAGGACAUGGGCUUGGGUCUGGCCCCUUUCUGGUCCAGUCUCUUAACCUCUCUUACCUGAGUGCACCCUGGCCGUCCUCUCCUUUCUUUUCUCCCACCACCCAGACCAUCCAUUCUCUCCUCCCUCUGCAGCCUGCUGCAUAGCUAAGCUACGACUCACACCUUGAGACCGUCUGCACGCUCUCUGCUGCCUGUGUGAUUUCAAAGCUUUUCUCUCUAUCUGCACCGAGCACCCACUGUGCACUGGAGUCUCCAGCCCCUUCCUACCCUCUUCUCCCUUCAGAGAUGGACUGAGUAUGAGGAACAUUUCUGUUAUUGUGCCCACCUCUGACUUUGUCUUUUUUUUUUCUCCCUUUGGGGUCAGAAAAAAGGCUGCCCUGAGUCGUGUGUGCUGUGGAGAUGGUUCUCCCAAACCCCCGGAAAUCUGGUGGCAGCCACCUGGCCUCACUACUGGGGGACAGGUCAAGUUAGAGACUGAAGUAACCUCCAAGACAGUACUCCUGGUAGCUGAGUGUCCUUGCUGUAGAAGUUCAAAGACAGCAGGGCAUGGAGCUGUGAGCCAAGCUCCGAUGUGUCUGAGGCACCUCAACCCUACCGCACCUCACCUCACCCCACCAGAUCCCUUUAGAAGUUGCCAAGAAUUUCUGUGUCUGUUCCACUUUAUGGAUUUCAUCUCCCCCCAUAACUAAGCAUGAGAUCCCCACAUUUAGCCCUGAUUGCCCAGAUUGGGGUCCCUAAGGUCAGAGGUCAAAGCAGGAUUCAAACGAUGGGGGUGGAGAGAACUGACAUCUAUUGAGCAUCUCUUGCGUCCCAGCCUCUGUCCAGGUGCUUUACAUGCAUCAGCUCACUUAACCCUCCUAAAAGCUCAGGCAGGGAAGGACAAUGGCCCCCUUAUCCCAACCCUGUGAGGCAGGCGGAGCCAAUACAGUCACGUGCCACAUAACGACUUUAAAGUUAACAACCACAGCCCGCAGCUGAGCCUGCUCAGCCCGGCCCCUGACUUGUGGAGGACACGGGGCCUCAGGGAUGGCUGUGGCAGGGCAGGAAGAAAAUGACAAGAACGUGGGGAUGGUUUCUGCUCUUGGAGAGCACCCAGCCUGGAGGAGGGUGGAAGCCAGAUACACCCCAAACCAGACAGAGGCUGGGCAGCACAGAGGCAGGUGGACAGGAGCCCAAGCUGGGGACAGAGAAGGCUCUGAGCUGAGAGGACAAGGGAGCUGACCACCGGGCCCCAGCAGCACCCAUUCCCACAGUCCCACUUUGUGCCAGAUAAAGACUUUGCAACUACAGAUGUUGCUUUGAUGGUGUUUUGUGUCUUUUAAGCUGUGAUUCUGUACAUCUGCAGUGCCCUCCGGCUAGACUGUGAGCCCUUUGUGGGCAGGGUUUCUUCCAGGUCUGGGAUGGCGGUCUCCUGCCUGUCUUCCUCAUCUGUCUUAUCCACCACAGUGCUCUGCACAUAGUAAGCUCAAUAAAUGAUCAUUUACCAA